GUAUUCGGUUUCACAGUUUAGGCUUUACCAUUCUACAUGGGAUAAGAUGUUUGCCCCUUUGUAGAGAAUAAAAUGAACCGUAAGAGAUUGCUAGCUGUAUUAGAGGGAUGCGGAAGCAUUGUAAAGCUAAAAAAGAUCCAUGCCUGUGCCGUAACCUUAGGACUGCUACAGAAUCACCAAUCUUUAGCAUCCAACAUACUCACCGUCUACACCAAACUAGGCCACCCACAACAUGCCCACAAGCUCUUCAACCAGAUUCAGGACCCAGAUAUAGUGUCAUGGACGUCUCUGAUCUAUCUUCAUCUACGCGAAGAAGAUCCCAACACUGCUUUCUUGGCGUUUUCGCGGUUGAUAAAUCGCGGUUUGAGGCCGGAUAGUUACUCAGUCGUGGGUUCACUAUGUGCUUGUGGACUCGACAAGAGUUUGUUAGGUGGGAAGGUGGUUCAUGGAAUGGUGUUAAGAUUUCAACUGGGUUUGGAUCCGAUUGUAGGGAAUGCUCUCAUUGAUAUGUAUAGUCGGAAUGGGGAGAUUGAAGUAGCUCGGAGGGUGUUUGAGGGUAUGGGGGUUAAAGAUAUUGCUUCGUGGAAUACAUUGAUUAAUGGGUUUGUGAUGUGCGGUUAUUUGGAAGGAGCUCGGGAUGUGUUCGAUGAAAUGCCACUGAGAAAUUGGAUCUCUUGGACGGCUAUGAUGACUGGGUAUGUAAGAGGGAAGGCACCGGUGAUUGCGUUGAAACUUUUCAAAGAAAUGAAAAUAGAAGGAAAGAAUCAGCCUACUGCAAUCACAGUCGUGUCUGUCCUUUCCGGUUGUUCUGAUAUUGGAGCUCUUGAUUUCGGAAGUUCAAUUCAUGGCUAUGUUAAUAAAACUUAUCUUACUGAGGAUGUUACUGUGAGUAAUGCUUUGAUGGACAUGUACUCGAAGAGUGGAGACCUUGAUGUGUCCUUGAAGAUUUUUGGUGAAAUUGGUGUGAAGAAAGAUGUGUUUUCAUGGACAACAAUGAUAUCGGCAUAUGCAACUCACGGGAAGGCAGAACAAGCACUUGAAGUUUUCUCAGCCAUGUUAGAAUCAGGAGUUGCCCCAAAUAAGGUCACAUUUCUUUCAGUUUUAUCAGCUUGUACCCACGCAGGAUUGGUUACUGAAGGACAGAGAUUGUUCCAGGAAAUGGUUGUAAGGUAUAGGUUGAAACCCAGGAUUGAGCAUUACGGAUGCUUACUGGAUCUUCUCAGUCGAGCAGGGCAUUUAGAAGAAGCAAAAAUCUUGAUUGACAACAUGCCUGUAAGCCGUGAUGCUCCCAUAUGGAGGUCAUUUCUUAGUGCUUGUUUGCUUCAUGGGAACUUGAACUUGGCUGAAAUGGCAGGGAAGAGGGUUGUGGAAUUAGAACCUGAUGAUGAUGGGGUUAAUGUACUUCUAUGGCAGAUUUGUUCUGCUGCAAAUAGGCAGGAAGAUGGAUUGAAGAUCAGGAAGUUGAUGAGAAAUCAUAAGGUUAAGAAGAAACCUGGAUGUAGUUGGCUUGAGUUGAAUGGUGUUAUUCAUGAACUCCUUGCAGAGGAUGCAUUGCACCAGGAUGUUGGUAGAAAAAUUCAUUGGGUUUUGGAUAGCAUUAGAGAACCAUCAAAAUUGGAUUUUGGUUGGUCUUGUUUGCCACUAGAAAACUGAUUGGCUCUGUGUGUAUGUUUACUGUGUCUAAUACUUUGAUGGACAUGUAGUAAAAGAGCAGAGACAUGUGCUAAAAGAGCAGAGACCUGAUGUGUCCAUUGUUCCAUGAAAAUUUUCUGUGAAAAAGGGGGGUGAAGAAAGAUGUGUUUUCAUUGGCAGCCAUGAUAUGAGGAUGUGCAAACCAUGGGAAGACAAAGCAAGUGUUCGAAGUUUUCUCGGAAAAGUUUUCAUAAAUUGUCCCAGAUGAGGUGAGAUUUCUAUUAGUUUUAUGACCUAGUACGUUGGUGGGGUUUUUUCAUGGAAGCAUAGAUUAUUUCAGGAAAUGAUAUGAAAGUGUAGUUUGAAACCUAGGAUCAAGCAUUACAGAUGCUUCCUUGAUCUACUUCGUCAAGCACGGGAUUUAGGAGGAGCAUAUAUCUUGAUAGAGAACUUGCCCGUUGAGUUCAUGGGAACUUGAACUUGGCUGAAAUGGCAAGGAAGAAAGCAAUGGAAGAUGGAUCAAAGAUCUGGAAGUUGAUUUGAAAUCAGAAGGUUGAGUGGAAACCCAGAUGUAAUUGGCUUCAGUUGAAUGGUGUUGUUCAUGAAUUAUGAAGAGCACCAGAGAAUCAUCAAAAUUAAAUUGACUGGCCUUUCUGGAAAUUGCUUUGGAUGAUUUUUAAAUUUAAGAAUGGAGCGGGACAGAGCAGUACAUCCACAUACUAACACCUCCCAUUCUGCUUAAAGCCUAAAGGGUGUCUUAAAACUCAUAAGAGCAAUGGCGGAACCACAUUGGUUGGGUUAUGGUAGGGUCCGUGUGCUACCCUAGCCCAAAGAAAAUUUGUAAACUGUUUAGGGCCUACAAUAUUUGGGAUUUUUUUUAUUUGAAUAAUCAGAAUAUUUUAAA